ACAUAUUUCCUUAUUUCCUCCUAAUGAAUACUCUCCCACAAACGCAGGGGCAAACCGUUCCAGAUGCAUGGGAUUCCAAGGGUCGUCCUGCAGACAGAUCCAAAACUGGUGGUUGGGCAACAUCUGCCAUGAUCUUAGGAUCAGAAGUAUGUGAGAGGUUAACAACAAUGGGUAUAGCUGUAAAUUUGGUGACAUAUUUGACUGGUACCAUGCACUUAGGAAGUGCUGCCUCUUCCAAUAUUGUCACCAACUUCGUCGGAACCUCUUUUAUGCUCUGCUUGUUUGGUGGUUUUGUAGCCGACACUUUUAUCGGAAGAUACCUUACCAUAGCCAUUUUUGGAACUAUUGAAGCAAUUGGUGUUAUAUUCUUGGCAAUAUCAACAAAAAUUCCAAGCCUUCAUCCACCAACAUGCUCACAAAACAGUCCUAACUCUUGCAAACCAGCAAACAGCCUACAACUAGCGGUUCUAUACGCAGCUCUUUACAUACUCGCACUUGGAAUCGGCGGUUUAAAAUCAAGUGUCUCCGGCUUCGGUUCAGACCAAUUCGACGAUUCAAACGAAGAAGAGAAAGAACAAAUGGUGAAAUUCUUCAGCUGGUUUUAUUUUUUCAUAAGCAUGGGUUCAAUACUAGCAGUGACAAUUCUUGUCUACAUUCAAGAUCAUCUUGGAAGAGCCUGGGGAUAUAGUAUUUGUGCGGGUGCUAUCGUUGCAGCUCUUCUUGUGUUCUUGUCGGGAACAAAGAAGUAUCGGUAUAAGAAACGUGUGGGGAGUCCUUUAACUCAGAUUGCGGCGGUUUUUGUGGCAGCGUGGAGGAAGAGGAAGUUGGAGUUGCCGUCUGAUUCGUCUUUGUUGUAUAAUGUGAAUGAUCUUAAAGAUCAAGACGUGACGAACAAGAAACAAAUGUUGCCUCAUAGCAAGCAAUUCCGAUUGUUGGACAAGGCAGCAAUAAAGGAUCCAAAUACAGACGUUAAUGUGGUAAGAAAAUGGGAUAUAUCAACGUUAACAGAUGUGGAAGAAGUAAAAUUAGUAAUCAGAAUGUUACCAAUAUGGGCGACAACAAUAAUGUUUUGGACAGUACAUGCACAAAUGGUGACAUUCUCAGUAUCACAAGCAACAACAUUAAAACGUCACAUAGGAAAAUCAUUUCAAAUCCCACCAGCUUCUUUAACUGCUUUUCUCACAGGUAGCAUCCUCAUAACAAUCCCAAUUUAUGACCGAAUCGUUCUUCCCAUAAGAAGAAAAAUGUUCAACAAAUCACAAGGACUAACACCUUUACAAAGCAUUGGUCUUGGCUUAGUCUUGUCAAUUUGUGGAAUGGUUGCAGCAGCAGUCAUUGAUUUAAAACGUACGAGGAUGGCACAUUUGCAUGAUUUGACACAUAGUUCUUCUAAGUCGGUGAUUCCCAUGAGUGUGUUUUGGUUGGUCCCACAGUUCUUCGUUGUGGGGUCAGGUGAGGCUUUUACUUAUAUGGGACAACUAGAUUUUUUCUUAAGGGAAUGUCCUAAAGGGAUGAAGACCAUGAGCACAGGAUUGUUUUUGAGUACUUUGUCUUUGGGAUUUUUCUUUAGCACUCUGUUGGUAACUUUGGUUCAGAAAGUGACUGGUCACCAUCACCCAUGGCUUACAGAUAACAUUAACCAGGGGAAACUUUAUAAUUUCUAUUGGCUCUUGGCUUUCUUGAGUGGUAUAAAUUUGGUUAUUUAUUUGUUUUGUGCUAAGCGGUAUGUUUAUAAGGAUAAAAGACUUGCUGAACAAGUCACAGAAUUAGAAGAUGCUGAUCAUGCGUAG